CCUUGGCGAAGGACAGCCAACACCUCUAUGGAGCUGGGUGACCUCAGGCUACAUUAGGAAGUGGUGUCCGGAGGCCGUGUGUGAGUGGACCUCCCUCAACACCUACUGGUCCCUGCACCCAGGUGUGCUUACUGCUGCACCUGGGCUUCUACAGGUCCUCUGGUUGUCCUGCAUUCUGCUCUUGAGGAAAUAUGGUUCGGGCUAGGGAAGAAGCAAGGGACAGCCGGCUGGUGUCUGGUAGGGAGAUGUCAUCACGCAUUAUCAGAGUGUCUGUGAAGACCCCACAGGACUGCCAGGAAUUUAUGCUGGCAGAAAAUAGCAGUGUCCACCACUUUAAGAAACAGAUCUCCAAACGCCUUCACUGUGACACCGACCGAUUGGUGCUCAUCUUCACUGGAAAGAUCCUCCGGGAUCAAGACAUCCUGAGCCAGCGUGGCAUCCUUGAUGGUACUACGGUCCACUUGGUGGUGAGGACCCAUCUGAAAAGACCUCCGCCUGGUCCCGGAACUCUGUCAGACCCCACUGGUCGCUGCAUGCAUCACUCUGAACCCUCCACCUCAGAGAGCGCCAGGAUGCUGACCAGGCUGUGCCGGCUGGUCUGGAGCUCACCUGAUCUGGCUGACUUUCUUGGCCAGCUGGCUCAACUCUUAAUGGUCGCGCCUGAAUUGGUGGUGCAGUUCUUGGAAAACCCUGUGGUUCAAGGCCUGGUGAAUGAGAAACCACCCAGUGCCAGCCAUGCUCCUGAAUCCUCAAGGCCAGUACAGAAAUCCGAGCCAGCUCUUAAGGCUCUGGAAACCUUGCAGAAACCAGCCCAGCAACAGGAGCUCCUGCAGGCAGAUAAGCAGGGGUUAGAGGCGUUGAAGGCAGUGCCGGGUGGUGACAAUGCUAUGCAUCCAGUCUGCUCUGAUACCCAGCAGCUCAUGCUCUUCACUCUGGCCCCACGGGCUGCCUCCAAAGGCCACAAUCCAGGUUCAGAGCUUUGCAAAGAGGAGGCCAGUGCUAACAUCAAUACUAACACUACCACAGCCAUCCCCGCAGCCUUGGCACCGGCCAGGACAUUGGCACAGAAGGUCAGGGCAGGAGAAGUUACCCACACCAGGUGCGCGGCCUCAAAUCAGGCCAAUUCAGAAUGUGGGACUGGUAUGCCAGAUGUAAACUCAGGCCCGGAUCUUCUCUCCCAGGAGAACCAGCAGCCUGUAGGGAGAGCCACUCUAACCAGUCAGCUGAGACCCUCGCCCUCUGCCUUGCGUAGAGCCUUGCAUGUCCUGCAGCAGAAUCCAGCUCUGCUACACCAGUUGGCAACUGGAAGCCCCCUGCGACAUCAUAUGCCACUCCUUCCCAUCCUGACCAAUCCACGAGCACUGCAGGCAUUGAUACAGAUAGAAAAGGGCCUGCAGAUACUGUCCAAGGAGGUGCCUGGGCUGGGACCUUGUUUAUGGGGGCCAGGUAGGCCACCUGGGACUAGAGAACCCCCUGAAACCAGGGGUGGAGGGCAGGGUCAGAGAGCAGACUUGGUGCAACCCACCUUGGCUGUUCUUCAGCUUCUCCACGCAUUGGCCAAUACCUGCUCCCAGGCCACACAAUCCUCAUUACCCUUAUCCCCCCUCACUGAAGGCUGCUACCAGCAAGAACUGGAGCAUCUAAAGGCCAUGGGUUUUGCUAAUUGUGAUGCCAAUCUACAGGCCCUCAUGGCCACAGGGGGAAACAUUCAUGCUGCCAUUGAGAGGCUGUUGGGGGUACCAGAGGCCCAGGUCCCUCCCACUGAUGCCCACAGCACAUGGCCGCAUGGAGAGGGAGGGAGAGGAAGGGGAAGGGGAGGGGAGGGGAAGUAGCAUAUUUUGAACUCCUCUUACUCAGCUCGUGCGCACACUUGAACAGCUCCCUCCCUCACUGCCCAAGCUUGU